AUGGGGGCCGUCGAAGACACAGUAGAUGCGGCGGCCAACUUUGUCGGCCCUUUUGCGGAUAAGAACCGCAAAUACACCGGCGACGUGCCCACCACGACACUUGUCGAGCAAGCCCUUUCUCACCUCCAAGCCAUCAAUGCUGCCGAUCUAGUCGCAGACCCAAACGCUCCUUACGACGCUUCUCUUGCUGGAGUCGUCUACGGCCUUCUGGAUUUAACCACCAUGCUUGCCAUCCUACCAAGAUUGUCUCCGGGCGUAGCCUUUAGCCAACGCCCACGGUCGGUUUUAACUGCCGUUGUUUUUACACCACCAAACCGCGAUCUGGACUCGCUGGCCCGGGUCAUGGAAGCAAUUCUGCCUAUAUUAGAGCAAAGGGGCUCCGGCCUACAGCCGCUGCUCUCUCAGAGAAUACUCCCAGAUAUCAUAUCUGCGAUUGCUGAGCUAUCGUUUUCACCCGAUUCAUCGGAAAACGCGAGAUCAAAGUUCUCGGCCAUCUACAAGAAGAUCAUGAACGAGAUUCCAAAAUCCCGCCUCCUUCCGAUACUGACAACAUUCCUGCAACAGUCUCUACCAGAAUGGCUCAAACCCAUCAUCUCCUCGGAACUAUCCAUGGUCCCGCUUCGCAGUCAGGGCGUUCGACACACAAUCGAGUUCCUUGCACUCUCCUAUUUAUCCAAGAACUCACAUGUCCCUGAGGGCGCAUCAGGGCCGCAAUCUCAAAUUCCCAUUCCGCUAGAGGCUAUUACACAGGCGUCCAAGUUGCUUGUACUCCCUCCGAGCGGUGUCGCCCAAGACGAUUGGAUAAGACGAAUUGCUCCUCAAUUGCAUCAUCUCCUUGAUGAUUGCGAGGGCAAAGAGCUUAGUCGUGCGGCAGGUCACAUCAUUGCGGGUGGAAUACUAAGUAAGAAGACAACGGGCGCACCUGGUACCGUAGGGUGGGAGAUCUUUGUGGAGCCUUUGUUGCAUGCAAUUUUCCCAAGGAAGAUGCCAAGUUCGCCGUCAUGCGGCGGAGGGAGCAUGGACAUGAUAGUAAAAGAGGGAGACCUCAAGACUGCUCUUCGACGCCUCAAAAUCAUCACGUCUUCAUAUUCUCAUGCCGGCCUUAUCAAACGCCUUGUCAGCCCUCUCCUGCUUUCGCUGUGGGCUCUAGUCAAUUAUGCCAAGAUCAGACCUUCUUUGGACAAAGAGUGGACCGUGCUGCCAAAAGCAAUCAUAUCACGCUACAUGGAGAUAGCCUGUGAUGCAAAGCAAAUGGAUAACAUUGCUCAGAACCUCUUCUGGGAUGGAGAAGUUACGUGGACUUUUGGACCUGGCUCCGAGGGUGGAGUUGCGAUACGACGUAGAACCAAAGAAAGGCCCGAGAAUAUGGAAAGUGUAGAGGGUAUCCUCGGACUAAUUGGCAAGUUGGACGACCGCGUCAACCUGCUGGUGUCUCUCUUUUCAGAAGCCGGGAUCCCCGAUGACGUUGCUGGGUCCGUCUUUCUCAGUGCAACGAAGAGAUGGCUAGCGCCAGCAACGCCUGCACGGAAUUCCCUGACAGAUGGAGAUAUUACGGGUGACCCUCUGUCAGCACUGGCUGAUGCAAAGCUCUCCGAGUCUAUGGCAAAACAUUUUCAAGAGCAUUUUGCAAGAAGUCCACAUCACAUCACCGAGCUCAUGUCACAGUUGAUUCAAAAUUUUGUGAGUGGGCACAAGACGUUCUCGAAAAGGGCACGCAGCUCUAAACGCGCUAUGCUUGGGAAUAUUGUGCAGAAGCAAGGUGCAGAAGGAGAGAAUGACGAGGAAGCCGCUGUGAAUGAGGAUCUGGUGUCGUUUGCACUGAGCAUCUUGAACACUCUAAUAGCGUCACCCGAUUUCAAGAAGACACCCUCGGUCACGGAAAUGUUACAUGCGCUUUUGCCCUCAUUGGCGUACCUCUCGCAACCUCUGGCCCAAGCAAAAUCACCCAUACCGCCUGUGAUUAGCAACUCUGCCACUGCCCUUGUACACCUCAUCACCCCUGCGGUCAACUCUCCUUCUCCUCAAACCGGUCUUGGGACCAAGGCAACAGCCGAUCCCCUGGCCGAACACCGCGCUACACUGAGUACCUGUCUCACGGAACUACAGUCACCAGAACCUCCUAACCGUACCUGGGCUUUGAACACUAUACACUCAAUGCUUAGAAACCCGGUUGCGUUCACCGCCAUUGAUAUACCAUCCCUUGCGCACAUGCUCCUUUCGUCGCCCUUGGCCGACGCUGAGUCGUAUGUGCACUUGGCCGCAAUACCUGUUCUUGUCACGCUAGCAGUCCGGGCACCAAAGCCUGUUGUGGCGAUUGUGGUCGACGCAUUCGUAGACAUGGACGAGCGUUCUUUGAAACUAGCUAGGAGAAAGCAGACUGAGGAAAAAGAAAGAGAGCUGAGGAAUGCGUUAGACUGUAGGCUGCGGGUCGGAGAAGUGCUGAAUACAUUUGCGGGCGACAAUGACUUCUGGAACUUGGAUGAAAGUGCCGGGAUGAAGUAUAGAUGUGUAACGCAAAUCACCGAGGCUUGUCUUUUGCUAUCCAGUCGACGAGGCCAACGCGCACAGACGCUCUCGAUGCGGAGUGAGGUCGCGGACAAGGAGCGGAAAUUGAAGGAAGAAGGUGAAGCAGCUUGGGGUGGCCCGAUACCCAAUGUCUUGGAGCCGGAUGGUGCUGAUGCGCAGGAGCAGGCAGAUUAUACUGCAUUGCAAAAGAUUGUGGGUGGCUGGGAGGACACGGGCAUUGAGGAGGAUGUUAGGAUCCGCGCUUCUGCUCUGAGUAUUUUAUCGACGCUCGUCGAGCACCGGCUAGACAUGGUACAGCAGCCUUGGAUCGACGCAUCGCUGCAGAUGGUACUUUUGGUACUCUGCAUGGAGAGAGAAGAGACAAAGGCUUUACUGCGGCGUGCGGCUGCUCUUGUCGUGAUGGGAUUGCUGCGCGGUGUUGACGCGGCAAACGAGCGUGGACAGGGGGGGAGUGCAGUUUCUCUAAACUUGAAGCAGCAGGAAGAAGUAGAAAGAGUAAUCAGGUGGGUCAGAGAUGAGGACGCAGACGAGCUUGUGAGAUAUCACGCAGCGAGUGUCGUAGAGGGGCUGGAGACAUUGAGAGUCAAGGAGUUGUACAGGGUCAGGGAAGAGGGGUUGAAGCUGGGUCGCGAUCUUGGGCUGGAGGGCAAUCUCAGAGGGCUUGACAUACAGCCCCGCGCGGGGAAGAAGGAAGAAAAGAAGAAGAAGACGAUGAUAGAGGAGAUAGAGUAG